UUAUUUAUUUUGAUGCCUUUCAUUAUUAAUAGCUAAAAAUUAAACUUUUAAAUAACAAUGCUUUUUUAAAAUAUAAUUAAUUAGAUGGCCAAUUGCAAACAUUUUAAAUUCUUUAAACAGCUUUACUUGUAAAUUUGGCUUAAUAUCUUAUAAUUUUGGUACUAUACUCUCUCGCUUAUGUAGUAAGGGCUUGUAUUACCUGGAAGAAAAAAUACGAUGCAUAAAAUUUACGUAAUAUAAGAAAUUGUAAGUUUUUCAAAUAUAAGAAUGAAAGUUAGCUAGGAAAAUGUGAAGGUUAGUGUAUUAUUUGCUAUUCAGACUACUAAAUAGACGAAGAUUUAGCAGAACUACCUUGUAAUGGAGGACACAUUUUCCAUAAAGCUUGUAUAGGUUAUUGGUUAGAAAUAAACUAGUGUUGUCCAACAUGUAAAUAAACAAUUUGAAAAGGAAAAAAUGUAAUUUAUUUAUUAACUCAAACUAUAUAUCAACUAUCUAAAAGUCCUAUCAAAUUGUAAUUAAUAAGAAACUAUACCAAACAAUAGCUAAUAAAGUAAAAACUAUCAAUAAAGCUUAAAAAAUAACUGA